AUGAUCAGAAUAGUACUUCUCUCGAAUCCAGCAGGAAUUCAGGAAGUAAUCGUCAUUGUCCUCAGAAAUAAUCAGAUCCAGCGUCUGGCCACACCUGUGGAUCCAUCUGGUCCUCCUACAAAUAUCCUUUCAACUGGCACCAGGAAACGAAGUAUUACCUUUACUUGGGAUAAACCAGAUUGUGGUUAUCGAAAUGGACCAAUUACAAGCUACGACGUUAUUCUAUCCAAUUCAACAGGAGGCUUAGUACAUCAAAGUAAUGUGUCGGAUAGUACAAGACCCCAGACAACAAUAGAUGGCCUCAUCCCAUAUUCAAAUUACAGUAUCAGAAUCAGAGCAUGGAACUAUGAACUACCAGGGGCCAGUUAUUCUCCAGAGUUUUGGGCACGGACUGAAGAAGCAAAGCCUGGACCACCCAUACGAGUAAAUCUUCCAGCUUCAGACCAGGAGAGCAUCACAGUGGAAUGGAUGUCACCAAACCCUCCUCUGGGAAGGAUAAUAGGUUAUUACGUUCUCUAUUGGGAGACGGAUGAUAGUAGUGUCACACCUAUAGUCAGGAAUGUUAGCUUUACGUGUGGAGAUGGUCAAUGCUCUGACAUCAAUCAAAGGUUUUCGGUGAUAAUCCCUGAUCUUCGGCCGGACACAAAUUAUUCCGUCCAGGCAAGUCUGAUUCUUGAUUUUACUUUUAUCUCACAAUUCGUUGUAGAAGCGGAGACAAUACUUGGAGUUGGUAACCCGAGUCCAGACCAACCUUUGAUUAGGCUUACAUCAGAAGGCACUCCCUCUGCAAUUGAGUCUGUGUCGUACACUUCUUUUACACACUCCUUGCGCUUUGAGUGGGAUGAACCUUCGUGUGAAAACCUACAUGAUGAUCUAAAGGAAUACCAGUAUGAUCUCUAUGACACUGACAGAAAUAUGUAUAUUAGGUAUCAAAUAUCGGUACGAGUUAACUAUGUACUUAUCCCUGGACUUGAUGCUUGCACCAAUUAUCGCUUCAGAGUAAGAGUAGUUACCGCCACCAAUAAUAAGAGUAGAUGGCUUAUGAAGUUCGCACAGACAAAUGUAUCAGGACCUGCAAGUGUAGAAUCCUUACAGACGUCAUCAUCUAUCACCCAAAUUGUUGUCAGCUGGGAACUGUCAUCAUCAAGCCUAUGCUCUCCUGACAGCUUCAUCAUACGUUAUAGCCUCUAUCAAAAGCUGGCCUGUCCAUCACCAGACACAACACCAACUGAAUAUGAAGUGAGCACCACCUCUACACGAUACACGUUAGUUGGUUUGGAGCCAUACUCGCGGUACAGCAUUGCGGUUAUAGCAGUUAAUGGUGUUGGGCAGAGUGAACCGAUGACUGAAACUACGGAUACCGGACCUGGAGCUCCCUCUGCAAUUGAGUCUGUGUCGCACACUUCUUCUACACACUCCUUGCGCUUUGAGUGGGAUGAACUUUCGUGUGAAAACCUACAUGAUGAUCUAAAGGAAUACCAGUAUGAUCUCUAUGACACUGACAGAAAUAUGUAUAUUAGGUAUCAAAUAUCGGUACGAGUUAACUAUGUACUUAUCCCUGGACUUGAUGCUUGCACCAAUUAUCGCUUCAGAGUAAGAGUAGUUACCGCCACCUAUAAUAAGAGUAGAUGGCUUAUGAAGUUCGCACAGACAAAUGUAUCAGAACCUGGAAUUCCCAAUAUUGAACAAAUUACCAAACAUCAGGAAGUCGCAGGCGCUACAGGUUUUACAGUCACCUGGGAUCCUCCUUCUUCUCCUCCAUGCGAGCCCACACACUAUCAAAUCCAGUAUUAUAUUUAUCAAGGCGAUAUGUGUGAGGAUAUACCCAGCCAGCCUCAAUUAGGCCUAACUUCAGCAGGGUCUGUCAAUGGAUCAACCUUCACCUUCAACAUUCUGGAGUUACGUCCAAACUCUGAAUAUAUGGUGUUUGUGAGAGCCAAAACAAGCAGCGGCUACGGUAAUUCCGAUUCUCGAAAAGCUGUCACAGGACAUUCAUAUCCAUCUGGUCCUCCAACUAAUGUCCAUUCAACUGGCACCAGGAAACGAAGUAUUACCUUUACUUGGGAUAAACCAGAUUGUGGUUAUCGAAAUGGACCAAUUACCAGCUACGAUGUUAUCCUAUCCAAUUCAACAGGAGGCUUAGUACAUCAAAGUAAUGUGUCGGAUAGUACAAGACCCCAGACAACAAUAGAUGGCCUCAUCCCAUAUUCAAAUUACAGUAUCAGAAUCAGAGCAUGGAACUAUGAACUACCAGGGGCCAGUUAUUCUCCAGAGUUUUGGGCACGGACUGAAGAAGCAAAGCCUGGACCACCCAUACGAGUAAAUCUUCCAGCUUCAGACCAGGAGAGCAUCACAGUGGAAUGGAUGUCACCAAACCCUCCUCUGGGAAGGAUAAUAGGUUAUUACGUUCUCUAUUGGGAGACGGAUGAUAGUAGUGUCACACCUAUAGUCAGGAAUGUUAGCUUUACGUGUGGAGAUGGUCAAUGCUCUGACAUCAAUCAAAGGUUUUCGGUGAUAAUCCCUGAUCUUCGGCCGGACACAAAUUAUUCCGUCCAGGCAAGUCUGAUUCUUGAUUUUACUUUUAUCUCACAAUUCGUUGUGAUUUCCUAA